GUCACAACAAUAAAACAGGAAGAUGGCAAGAAUAUGGAUACAUUUCCUCUGGGGUCUUGGGGCUGUAUGUGCUGGCCAUGGAGUAUUUAUGGAUAGACUUGCUUCCAAGAAACUAUGUGCAGAUGAGGAGUGUGUCUACACUAUUUCUCUGGCUAGAGCUCAAGAAGAUUACAAUGCCCCAGACUGUAGAUUUAUUAAUGUUAAAAAAGGGCAGCAGAUCUAUGUCUACUCAAAGCUGGUACAAGAAAAUGAAGCUGGAGAAUUUUGGGCUGGCAGUGUUUAUGGCGAAAACCAGGACGAAAUGGGAAUCGUGGGUUAUUUCCCCAGCAAUUUGGUCAAGGAGCAAAGAGUGUACCAGGAAGCCACUAAGGAAGUCCCAACCACAGAUAUUGACUUCUACUGUGAAUAAGAAAUUAGUUAAACCUGCAAAUAAAAAGGAACACUAAAAAUGAAAAAAAAAAGUGAAGAGAACCAAAAAUGCAUAUCUGUAUCUUCUAGCUUUGUUUAGAGGCAGAAGCUUGGAGCUGGAGGUGGCCAUUAAACAGGGAUUGUCAACUCAGUCUUAUUUUUACCUGCCCUGGUUUUUCCACAAGCGGCCACACAGCAAUGUUUGUCUCAUAUAUGUGAUUUGAAACCUAAGAUUUAUAUUUCAUCCUGAAGAAUCUUUAUUUACAUUGGAAUGCAUAUAGACAGUGUUUUAUUUGUAGUCUGUGUAUAUAUAGUGAGGAGGGAG